CCGACGUUCGCAACGUUCACCCAUUUACCCGCUGCCCCUCGCAAUACCUUGCUCGCCGUGUGAUUGGUGGCCGCAGACAUGAGCUCCCGCAAACUCGUCCACCGCACCGCCAGCAUGCAGGCCAUCCUGCAGUCGUUCUCCGGCUUGUCAGUCAAAGACCUCGCAGGUCUUCUGACCACCCGCACCAUUCAAAUCGUCCCUAGCGUCGCAAAGUACCUGGUGAUACUCUUGUUCCUGGUGCAAAUCCGAUCGUGGCCUUUCACCUGGCAUUGGCGCGUGUGGUCCCCCGUCUUCGCACUCCGGGGCCGGUUCCUCUUGCACAAAUGCUCAAACCUACUGCGAUCGCCCGCGACGCGCAAGGUGAAGAACUUGGAGUGGCUGGAAGAGUUCUCGCCUAUCGGGGCGAACCCGUUCGAGAAGCAGUUUACGUACAAGAUGUGGGCCGGUCCGGACGACUGUGACUUCAACCUUCACCUGAGCAACUCCUCCUACCCUAAGCACCUGGAUGGCGCGCGUUUUCGGUAUGCGCUGAAGUGUGGCCCUACCUUCUUCCGUGCAGGCGGCUGGAUGGGUCUCGGAGCGACCCACUUCACCUUCCUACGCGAAAUCCCGAUGUUUGCACACUACGAAAUGCGCGUGGGCUUGCUGAGCUUUGACAGCAAAUGGCUGUUCAUUGUGACCCGCUUCGUGACCAAGGCCAAGCCGAAGGGCAAGAAGGCCGCGAUCAAAUCCGCCUCCCCCCCACCUGCGCCCGCCAGCAACCCCACUCUGCAUACCGCGAAUGGCCUGAACACUGGCACGUCCACCCCGCUCCCCUCCGACGCGUCCGCGCCGAACGCGAAGACGCUCGCCGCGCAGCUCAUUGAGCGGCCCGAGCCGGAUGGCGCCGUCCUGAACUGUCUCGCGAUUUCCGAGGUCGUGUGCAAGAUCGGACGCAUUACCGUCCCUCCCGCACUCGUGUACGCCAUGGACGGUUUCUGCGCUCUAUCACCCGAAGGCAAGCCAUACUCGCGCACAAAUCUGCCGCCGCACUGGGACCGCGUCCGGGCGCUGCGCGGGGACGCGCACCCCGGGCUAGUCAUGCCCGGUAAGGCUGCGCUCAAGACGCUCAGGAAUUACUACACGCAUGGCUGGCGUGAGGAGCCCGAGGACGCACGUUGGUGGGAGCAGGCGCUCGGCGGGGAGAUCGAGGAGCGCAGGCUCAAGGCCCUCGCGGCGAUGCAGGGGCUCCGGAGGGGCAUGGAGGAGGCGAGGGCUUACUGAGCACUGAGCACUUGCGGGGAAUCGUGGUCUGUAUUUAAACGGUAAUGGAGGCGCAAUAUUUAGAGGUGCCACAACGUAUCAUAACUGUUUACUAGUAGCUGUAGGUGUAAUCGCGCGUGUCGACGAUAGGCGUGCAUGCGAUAGCGGCCAAGGCGAAACUCAGACUCAG